AUGCCACUACAGAGAGUACGCGGAGCAAGCUUCAGAGAAGAAUACGCCUGCGCCACCUAUCGUCGCACACGCCGUGUAACACCACCUCAAGGCGCCUCGUUAAAUACUGCGCUUAUCGCACCGAAGGAAAGCAAGCUGGCUGACCGCAUUACCGUUGUAUUGGAUCUUGAUGAAACACUUGUAUACGCGCGGGAAGGACCACUCUACGUGCGUCCUGGCAUAGAAGAACUUCUCCAGUUUUUGGACGAGAACUGCGAAACGGUAUUGUGGACGGCUGGUAUGAGACAGUACGCUGAGGCCGUUGUGCGUCAUAUUGACACCAAUGGACUUGUGCGCCACACAAUCUACCGCGACAGCAAGUGGUUCAGCGGUCGAUCGUGCCGCAAGGACCUCACGCUGCUCGGUCGUGAUAUGCAGACAACGAUUGUAUUUGAAAACACCCCCGACUGCAUUCGCGGCUUUGAGCAGAACGGCGUGCUUGUUGCCGACUACGAGGGCGGCGAACUGGAGGACGACACACUGCACAAUAUUCUCCGUCUGCUGCGGGAUCUCGUGCGCCGCCGCCGCGAGGAGGGCGUCAGCGUGCCGGAGUACAUCCGCAGCUCCGCGCAUCUCCACCUGCGGGAGGUGCCGACGGACGACGGCGACGUCAUGGCGUGUUAUUGCCUGCAGCCGCACUGGCCGGAGGCGGAGAGGGCGCCGCGCCACCGCCGGCCGGCAGCGUGUCUGGGCGGCCGUUGCAACAUCACCGUGCACUGA